GUCAUUGUCAUCAUGCGUCAUGUUAGCUUUGUCCACAUAGGCUGCCCGUCCUAGCUUACUAGCUAACGUGAAGGUAAUGUGAUAGCCUUAUAGCCCAGGGUCGCUCAGUGGGACAGAGGACACGCCAAACGCUGUUCAAAAAAUGUGUUGAUUAAGCGUUUCCUUACAUAUUAUUGGCAAAAUGCCUGAAAGGAAAUAAAAGAAGACACUUGACGAACUGUUAAGAAAUGCCUCACGAUUCGGCGUGGAUAUAAUAUUAUAAGCAGCUAUUCUUUAAAUAAAAUGUUUUUAACCUACUUUGUUUGGACCUUUGUGAAUAGCAGCGUUAACUACUGUAACUAACGUUAGCUGCUGCUGUUUGACUGACUCAGAAAUAGUGUUUUUAUAACUGUUAUGCCCGGUGAUUACUUCUUAUACAGUAUUUACUAUUUAUUACCUAACGUUAGCUGUUGUAGCCAUUGUGGCUCCCAGUUGUACCUGAACCGAGAUGCAAAGCAGUGCAACGUUACACUAACUCGCCAAUUUUGUUAAUGGAGUUCGUACUGUUCAGUAAAAGGACGUCGUUUAUCGCUGUCAGGUUAGCUCGCUUGCUAACUCCGCCUGUCAAAACACAAGCCACGUCGUUAGCCACUGUAAGAAAACAUGACUUCAAAGAAUGAAGGCGGAUAUUAGGGUGUUCAGAGUCUUCCCUCAGCCCCUCAGGGUGAGCAUUACUGCUUCUCUUCAUCAUCACACAGCUACGCUGAAGCAAGGCCGGGUCAGCGUAGGUGUGAAGGACCUUGUUGACUACUGCGGUGGCAGGGCAAGAGCACACAGCUCAGGAAGAUGGCAUCACCCUUUGUGCCUGUCCCUGUGCCCAUGGACAGAGCCUUGUCAGGAGGUAGCGGCAAGCUCAGACGGCCACAGCGAGCUUCAUCGCUAGGCAGCGUCUCCAGCAGCUCGUCCUGUUUCUCUAUCCCCAGGGCGGCCGGGGAGGACCAUGGGAGAGGAUGUGGAGCGUCAGGUUCCCAGCACCAAUCCCGCCGCAUGGACAGAGGCGGCCGGAGCAGGACACCACCACCCCUCCAGAGCCCUGUGGCACGGGCCAUGGUGAAUGGGACUCUGGAGCCCUCCAUAGAGUACUCCAGCUGCCCCCGCUCCAUAUCUGACCCUGUUGGCAACCAGCAAGGCGAGGAGAGGCCUAUUACCCCCACUGUGCUGGGGUAUGAGGUCAUGGAGGAGAGGGCCAAGUUCACGGUAUUUAAGGUCCUGGUCAGGAAGACUCCAGAUGAGAGCUGGGUUGUUUUUAGAAGGUACACAGACUUCUCCAGGCUCAACGACAAGCUGAAAGAAAUGUUCCCAGGCUUCCGCCUCUCACUGCCUCCUAAGCGGUGGUUCAAAGACAACUAUGACACCGACUUCCUGGAAGACAGACAGUUGGGGUUACAGGCGUUUUUGCAAAACCUGGUUGCACACAAGGACAUUGCCAACUGCCUGGCAGUGAGAGAGUUUCUGUGUCUGGAUGACCCACCUGGGCCUUUUGAUAGUCUGGAGGAGAGCAGAGCGUUCUGUGAGACUCUGGAGGAGAGCAACUAUCGUCUCCAGAAGGAACUGCUAGAGAAGCAGAAGGAGAUUGCUUCCCUGAAGAGGAGGCUUGAAGAGAAGGAGCAGGCCAUUCUGCGACUGGAGAAGCAUAUCAAGUCAGUUGACAGUGGUGAGUGUGUGAGCCCUGAGUCUCUGUGUGAUCUGUCAGCUCAGGGCAGUGAGAGCAGUGCAGAUGCAGAUGUGGAGUCGUCUGCUGCAGAGGCUGAUCAGGACAUGCCUGACGACACUGGUGGCAGGUGUGAGGUCCAGCCGGUGCGAUCCUCUGCCUGUUGGUGUGGGCCAUCGCUCAGCGCCUCUCCUCCGGUCAUCCAGGUCACUCAGCUUUACCACCAGAAGCUGGAACACUAAUGUCAAAGACUGGUCCUCCUCUUCACAUUUUUCCUCCAUCUCCUCCCCUACUAGUCCACUCCAUCUUCCUCAUGUUUGAGUGUUCCUCCAUACCCUUCUUUUGUUUAUUUUUGUCCAAUAUUUUACCUUAACCUCUCUCUCUCCCAUCACAAACCCCUUCACCCCUCACAGAUUGUAGCUGCUGUUUCACCUUCCAGUCGUGGAGUUGGAUCUGACAGCCUUUAACUCAAGAUCUAUGUAUUGGGUUAAAAGGGAACAGUUUAACACUGCAGCAGCCUGUUUCACUUAUAUUUCCCCAUUUAAAAUGGCUAUUUUAUCUGGCACCUACAAAGAACUGAAGAUCAUCUACAACUUCCUAUAAGGACUGUAUCUGGAAUUACAUGGUUAUACUUGUUAAGACCUCAGACCAAGAUGAUCUUACUUUAACUGUGUGGGGAUUUUUCACUUUUGCACCUCGUAACGUGGCUGCCAGAUUGGAUCAAUUUGAUCCUGCAGUCACAAAGCCAAAGUUUGGCUUCUUGACCAAAAAAUAAGACAACUUGAAGACUCACACCACCUGGGUGGUUUGAUGAUUUUCACAAUUGUGACAAUCCACAGAAAACCUGAACCAUCGUCUCACCAGUUUCUGCAGACGUGCUUUGCCUUAUGGCUCCUUACUUGUGACAAAAGGCCCAUUCGCAAGACAGAGAAACAACACCCCCAUGUGGCUAUAGAAAUAAGAAAAAGGUCUGGAUAAAUGAAAUGUUACAGGAUGCGCAUUGGUCAGGUGGGUAUCGCAGAGGAUUGUUGAUUUUCUCUUUGCAGUUACUUCCACCAUGUCAUUGCUUUGUACUGCCACUGUCUCUCAUUGAGGCUGUAGACAGACAUUACUUGAGUCUUCAUUGUCUAUUCACUUGCACUCAAACUUAUUUUGCAUCUAAAAGCCUACAUUCCCUCAUGUUUUAGUGCCAUGCAUGAUUUGUGGUAAACCAAGUCCUGCAAGAGACAGUUAAAAUCUGUAUCAUACUGUAGCAAAAGAGAACCAUGGGAAUGUGGCCUGUGGUUGUUUUCCCCUGUCACUUUGCUCUUAUGCACACACGUAUCAGUUUUCUUCAAGGCAUUGAUUAUGCCAAUUAAAUUCAAGUUCAUAAAUAUUUACAACACAACACUCCACCUCUUAUGGCGCCUCGCCUGUUAAUAGAGUGUAGACGGGGCCUGGACUUCUGUUAAGAGACACAUUUCUAAGGUUUCUGCUUCUUGAUACAAUUUAGGCAGAAGUAAUUUAGCUUGUGCUCAAAUUAUGUUUGAAAAACUCAACAGCACCUUGUCCUUCCAUAAAAAUGUUACGGUUAUGUGGGAUAAUCCAGAGACCUAAUUUUCUAAAUGUUUCACUGGAACCACCAUCAAUUAAACAAUAAUCCCUGCUGACAGCAACAUCUGGGUGGUAGCAUCGUGAGUAACUCUAUGGUAUGGGGUGGGAGCAAACAUUUUAGAGCCAGAUAUCUCAGACCUCUCACUGACCUGAGAGACUAAUGAGCCACAGUUGAAAGAGCAGAGGGACAUGAGAAUCUUUAGAGGAGGACCUGUUUCAUAUUAACAACACAACCUUGGUUUUAAUAUAUCAAGGAAUUGAAAAAAUAGUCAGAACCAUCAUGCAUUUCAGGAAGAAUUUAUUGACAUAAGUGACUGAUAUAUUCAGCCUAGCCAGUUCUGUAUCACCUUCAAGACUGUUACCAGGCCUACACAUCAUCCCCAAAAGCCAUAUUUUUAAACCCAAAUACGACUAUGGAGGCAGGGGUUUCACAUGUGCUAGUGUGUGCUGACCAGCUGUUAAACUCUUUCAUAAUGAGUAAUGGAGUGUAUAAUAACCACAGCUAAUGUUUCGUCUCAAACUAGACCUGGAAAACGGUCAUGUGAUGCACUUUAUGGAUGAAUGGCAACCCAUAAUGUUUGCCAAGAUAUGUUUUUUAUUACUUCAUUUGUUAGAGACAGAAAUGUGCCUUUUCAAUCACUGAAUCUGUCUUGAUUCCCAAGUGGAUCUAAUGUGUUUAAUAUGUGAGUAAUGUGUAUGGAGUUUUGUUAAUGUUUUUUUUUUCUUCUGUAAAUUCACUUCACAUAUUAUUCUAAGUGCCUUGAACAUCUUUCACUUAACUCUGCUUUUUAUGUGUUUAGAUAGCUUUAUAGAUUUGUGUAGGACAUGAAACAACUCCACUAUGUUCCACUGAUGGAAAUAAUGUUUUAAAUGACACUCAUAUGUAUAUGUCGUUGCUUGGAAUAGACUAAUUCACUAUGUAUUUGUAAUAUUACAUGAAUUAAUAUCAAGACUUAGUUCACAUACACAACCAUAGUUGCAUUAUAAAAGAUUUAUAUGAAUAACAUUUGCUAUCACUAUUAAUGAUCUGGAUUUAAAGGGAUAGAUCACUGAGAAACCUGGUCUGAAAUGCAUACUGUAGAUACUGUAAUACAUACUAUAGCAAAUGUUUAUCAGAAAGAAAUAUAAAUAAUUCACACAAACGUGAAAUGAAUUGUUAAAUACACACGUAUGCUUUCUUACAUUUAAAGUCGGCUCUCGUGAAAUCAGAUGGUAUCAGUAGUUCGUGCUUGGGUGAAAUCAGAAUGUAAUAGAUCCGCUUUCUUUAGUAACAUAGUAUUAUAUCAGCUUUAACUCCAAUAAUAAAAUUUCACAAGCAAAUUAACUAGAGAGGGGAAUACGCAUACUAUAUGAGCAACACUUAUAGCAACCUUAUUGGGCUCAGGGGUUCGGGGAUUUGUCUUUACAACAGGUGUAGCUUUUCACAGGAUUUUCCAUGCAGAUAUUUUGAAUUUUUAAUGACAUUCAUUUUAAUAAAAACUGUACAAUGGA